AUGACCAUGCAGCUAGGCCCAGCCUUAGUAUUAGGAGUGGCCCCGUGCCUGGGGUAUGGCCAGCCUCUGCUGCAGGCACCUGAACACCCCUUCUCUGUGCUGUGGAAUGUCUCUCAGGCCCACACUCACUUUGGUGUGCACCUUCCGCUCAGUGCCCUGGGCAUCAUAGGCAAUCACGGCCAACAUUUCUAUGGCCAGAACAUCACCAUCUUCUACAAGAACCAUCUUGGCCUCUAUCCCUACCUUGGGCCCAGGAACACAGCUCACAAUGGGGGCAUCCCCCAGGCUGUGCCCUUUGACCAUCACCUGACACAGGCUACCAACCAGAUCCACUGUAGCCUGCAACCCAGCUUUGCUGGCCUGGCAGUGCUGGACUGGGAAGAGUGGUAUCCACUGUGGACAGGAAACUGGGGCCACCAUCGAGCCUAUCAGGCAGCCUCCUGGACUUGGGCACAACGAAUGUUCCCCAACCUAGAUCCUCAGGAGCAGCUCCACAAGGCUCAUAUUGGCUUUGAGCAGGCAGCCCAUGCACUGAUGGAGGAAACGCUGUGGCUGGGUCAGGCACUGCAGCCCCACGGGCUCUGGGGCUUCUAUUGUUAUCCAGCCUGUGGCAAUGGCUGGCACAGUAUGGCUUCCAACUACACGGGCCACUGCCAUGGAGCCACCCUUGCCCGCAACACUGAGCUACAUUGGCUCUGGGCUGCCUCCAGUGCCCUCUUCCCCAGCAUUUACCUCCCACCCAAGCUGCCACACCACUACUAGACCUUUGUCCAACACCGCCUGGAGGAGACCUUCCGUGUGGCCCUUGCUGGUCACCCACAUCCCCUGCCUGUCCUGGCCUAUGCCCGCUUAACACACCAGAGCUCUGGGAGGUUUCUGUCCCAGGAUGACCUCGUGUGGACCAUUGAUGUGAGUGCAGCAUUGGGGGCAACCGGCAUGGUGCUCUGGGGGGACCUGAGCUUCUCCAGCUCUGAGGUGAUCAUUGCCCCCUUCAGUCUGCCUUGUAGCACAUGCUGGGAUCACAGGGUGGGGGAGAGGCCAGGUCAAGGCCAUGGACCAGGAGCAUUGACAUCUCUUCCCUUCUCAAAAGGAAUGCUGGCUCAGCGCCUGCUCAGCAGUGUUGUAGAACCUAUCGUUUGUGCCCGUUUGUGUCCUGAGAUGCUGAUCUAG